AAUUACUGUAACACGAGGAAUCUCAUCAUUGGACAACACCCAUUUGUUUGAAGUUUAACAUCUUUUUGCAGUUCUCUUUCAUCUUCCCAACUCUGACUUCCAUUUGCAGAGUUGGGUUUGACAAAUUCUGGCUCCAAUACAAGGGGAAAGAAGCAUUGAUCUGGUGUGUUCUGGACCCAGAUGUCUCCUCCCUCGUAUGGAACUGCUUUUGCGGGAGGGACUGUUGGGAAUAAGCAGAAUUACAUAGAGCAUCAGGUGUCAAAGAUGGAUACUCUCGCUGGGGUUGCCAUCAAGUAUGGGGUAGAGGUAGCCGACAUUAAGAGGUUGAAUGGUUUGUCCACCGAUCUUCAGAUGUUUGCUUUGAAGACAUUGCUGAUACCAUUGCCAGGAAGGCAUCCUCCGUCAUCCAGUUUUUCCAGUGCUUCUUCUGCUUCUGUAGAAGAAAAUGGCUGGGGGAAGAGAGAAAAUGGCUGCAGGAAGAUAUCACCUCAUAUUGGCCAAUCAAACAUCUCAGAAUCAUUUCAACCUCUAAGACUGAAACCCCCUAAGCAGAAGGUUUCUCCAGCCAUGAGCACCUUACAAAAGUUCUAUGGUCUGAAAACUCCAAAUCACAAGGGUGCAUCUGAAGGUACAGAAAUGGCUGUCUACGGAACAGGGAGCUUGGAUUUCUUAAGCAAUGGUCUGAUACCUAAAGCCUCACCACUUGCUAACAAUCAUUCAGAUCAGCAUCGCAAGUCUAGAAAUUUGGGUAAUGGCCUUUUGCCUGAGAAUGAAGUGAAUGGGCAUGUCCCUCUUGCGGAAGCUGGAGAGGGAGAGGGUGAGAGAUCCAGUGAAAAGUCUGUACGAAGGCGUCAGAAAGCUGAGGCUGAUUUCAAAGCUGGUACACCAGAAAGGUUGAUGAAAGAAGAAAAUGGUGGUGGAAGCAGUGGCUUCUCACCAAUAAUAGGAAAAGGUCUAGCCAUGAGAACCAAAUCAGCCAGCCGUCCACUGCUUACUGCAGAAUCAGAUUCAGGAUGGUUAAAUCCUAUUCCGAUUGGUUUGGGAGAUUCUAUAAUCCCAGAUGGUCUAGGUGGAGUUCGUAAAUCAUCAAGCACUCCGGCCCUCCAAGAGCAGGAAAAUGGUCAUUCAUCAUCUGUUUGGACAACUUCAAAAUGGAGUUUGAAACCUGACUUGCAGGCUCUUUCAACUGCUGCAAUCACAAUACCAUUAUUUGAUGGCUUGCCAAAUCCAAUAGCUGGACGAAGGAGCAAGGCUGCCCUUGAUUAGCAAUUCCUAUGGCAUACAUAUUACUCUACGUUGUCAUUUUAGUGUCAAAGUAUAAUUGGAAGGGUAAAAACCCUUUGAAAAGACAGGUAAACAAAACAACAUACUAUCAACAGAUGAGCCUUAUACAAGUGUGGAUAUCAUGAAGAGUUUUACUAGCAAAUAGGUGGUUAGGUGGUGCAGCUUGAGUAAGCAUCAAUGAAGGCGGUCUUCUACCUCGGACGUUUCACAGUUUUAAAAUUUAAUUGUAAUGUUCUGUCCCAAAUAUAAUAAAUCAUGGUUGUCCCACCUGAGUUGGGAAUUCAAAUGUACUAAUAAUCUUUUAUUGAAUGGUGCAGCUCCUUUUGUAUUGGAGGCUUACCUUUACUCAACUCAAGGUCUGCAUUUUCUUUUUCUUUUAGAAGGAAUGCAAUAACGUGUCUUAAAAGAUCAUUGGAAGAGAGAUUAGUAUUCAACUGUACAAAAACUUACUCGAGACACCUUAAUUAUAUAUAUAUAUAUAUAUAGAAGGAAUUUGCUUAUAAAUAAGUUUUACACAG